ACAUUAUAGGUGAAAUGACAGAAGGAAACACUGGGCUCACCCCCAUGAAGUGAAAGCCCUUGUUGUGGUGAUAUAUGAUACGUAUACUUUUAGAUUGGCCUAACAUAUUUUUUCUCAAAAGUGAAAAAAGACAGAAUGCUAAUUAUUCAAAGGUGUGCAUGUAGUUAAAAAGCUCAUUGUAAGGGAGCAAUGGACAGGAUCCUUGAUGCAGUGAUGGUCUCCCCCCACUCUGAAGCCGUGAAACGUGGCAUGGUGCGACGAGUGCUAGAAUCAGCACCACAGCCUCUGGACAGCGCCCAGUGCCGGGCCAUGUACGAGGUGUCCACCAAGCUCUUCCUGCUGGGCGACUCUGAAUUUGAGAGGGACGUGGGCAGGGAGGUCCUGGAGGCCUUCGCCCAACACCACUCGCAGGAGUUCGAGCAGUUUUUCAACAUGAGGUUUGUGCUCAAUCUCCUCCAUGUAGGGUAUGGACCCCUGGAAAAGAGGAGCCACCAGAUCUUCCACUAUAUCCAGACGGGACUGCGGUUUGUAGCGGACAGCCCUUCCUCCUUGGACCUUUUCCACCUGCUGCAGAUCGAGGUGCUCAGGAUCGUGUGCGAGAGGCCUGGCCCCAAGCUGUGUGCCAGAGUGAGCAAGCUGCUGAGCCUGUACCCGCAGUGCAUCCCGAGUGGGAACCUGCAGACAGUGUUCUGUCAGCAGCUCAUCCUGAGCAUCAGCCACUUCCAAUGCAAGUCUGACGGGGACGAUGAAAUCCUCAAGUUCUUGGAGAACGUGACCAAAGCCAGCGGGAUGCUACAGGGAGUUUGGAGGAACAAUGUGGCUGCCAUCCUGCCUUCCCUAAAAGAGCUGUUUAUUGUGAUCUCCUCGCCCGGAGAAGGGGGCAGUGUCCCAUCCAAUGCCCUGGCCAGUGUGGUCCAGUAUGUGCCCCUGGAACUAAUGGAUGCUGUGGUUAGGAACCUCACUAAUGAUAAAAACAUCUCUGAUGCACAGAUGCUGACAGCCAUCAGUAGGAUGGUGGACUGGUUGUCGUGGCCAUUAACCAGAAACAUUGAUAAGUGGAUCAUUGCCUUAAUGAAAGGCGUGGCCGCUGUGAAUAAAUUCAGGAUCUUAAUUGAGGUGACUCUUAUGAAGAUUGAACAGGUUUUCUCUAAGUUGUUCUACCCAGUUGUAAGAGAGGGGGCUGUGUCUGUGCUGUCCUACAUGCUGCUGAGUUUUCAACAGUCCCCUGAGGCAUUUCACCUGCUGCUGCCUCAGAUUCCCCAGCUGAUUUUGUCUAUCACCAGAGAAGAGUCGGACUCCGGAAGAGACUUUCUCGUGCAGCUCGCCCAGUUAAUUCACUGUCUCAUCUUCAGGUUUACGGGGUUCCCAGACAUCUACGAACCAGUUUUGGGGGCCCUGAAGGAUCUCCCAGUCCCCAGUGAAAACAGGAUAAAGCAGCUGCUUGGGCAGAAUGCCUGGGCCACCCAGAAGAGCGACCUGGCUUCAUACUGCCACAGAGUCCCUGCUAAGAACGACACCGGGAAAACCGGUCUGGUGAACCUGGGAAACACCUGCUACAUGAACAGCGUUAUCCAAGCUCUCUUCAUGGCCUCCGACUUCAGGCACAGAGUUUUGCAUUUAACGCAGUGUGAUGCCCUGUCACUCAUGAUGAAACUACAGAGUCUCUUUGCUUUUCUUGAACGCAGUCAGCGGCCAACCAUUUCUCCAGAGAGCUUCCUGACGGCAUCCUGCCCACCGUGGUUUAACCCUGGAGCUCAGCAAGACUGUUCUGAAUACCUCAGGUAUCUGCUAGACAGACUGCAUGAAGAAGAGAAGACCAACAGCAAUACCAUUCAAAACCUGCGCUGCCUGUCCAUAGCAGGUGGUAUUGAAAACAGUGAAAGCACUGGCAGGACUCUGAUUCAGAAGAUGUUCGGUGGAAAGAUGGUGACCAGGAUUCGUUGCCUUCACUGCGAGAACAUCUCCCGGAGAGAGGAAGUCUUUACUGACCUGUCCUUGGCCCUGCCACCACCAAGGACCAGUCUUUCAGGAAGUUUCAUCAUUGACCCUGUACAACCGGUUGUGGAGGAGAUAGGACCAUCAAGCCAAAUACCAACUUCCAAACCACAACGACAAGCCCCUCAGUCACCAAGCAAUGACAAAAAGCCACUGAAACAGGAGGAACUUUCUGUAUGUGUUGUCCCAGUGGAGACUAUUGGGAGCAUGGAACAAACAAUGCCUUAUUAUUCAAAUGAAUGUCCUUUAGGUAACUCCAUGUCUGCAGUGACUUCAGACGAGCAGACACAUGGUACAGAAGCCUGCAGAUCAAUCACGGACCUAAUCAACUACUUUUUGUCUCCUGAAAUGUUGACUGGGGAAAACAAGUACCAUUGCCAGAAGUGUUCUACCUUACGUGAUGCCGAGAAGGUAGUGGAGGUGACAGAAGGACCUCAUUACCUUAUCCUAACCCUUCUGAGGUUCUCCUUCGACAUCGGAACCAUGAGGAGAAGAAAGAUCUCUGACAACGUCUCUAUUCCUCUAGUUCUGAAACUACCAGUCAGGGUCAGUUCAAGAGAGCAGGGCUGUAACAGCGCUGGGAAUCUGGAGCCUAAGCCAGGAGGAAGUGCUUAUGAAUCCUUGACCUAUGAUCUGUGCAGUGUGGUAGUGCAUUCUGGGGUAUCUUCAGAGAGCGGCCACUACUACUGCUAUGCAAGGGAGUAUGUGGGCAGUGGCUUUGAGAAACACAGCAAAGGUAGCACAGGUGCCCCAGCCGCUGCCAAUCAGACCGCCGCUGAAAGCCAGUGGUUCUUAUUUAAUGACACCCGGGUCUCCUAUUCCUCCUUUGAGUCGGUUACCAAUGUAACCACCUACUUCCCCAAAGACACGGCGUACGUCAUGUUCUACAGAAAGAGACCCUCUCACCAGACUGAGAGUGAAAGCGAAUUCAUAUCAGCUUCUGAAAAUCUGUACAGAGAAGAGCCACUGCCCAAACAUCUGAGUGAAGCAAUUACUAAAGAUAACAUGAUGUAUUUACAGGAACAAGAAAGAGCAGCGAGAUACAGAGCUGCAUCCUCAUCUGCCAUGGCGGCAUCUCCAGUGUGGCUGAGGAGACAGAGAGGCGAUGGUGGUGUAGGCCACAGGAACCAGGAGAUCCAGUCCCUACACUGCCCUUGAUGUGCUUUAUCAAGCUGGGUCUUCUUCUUUGCCCAUCCCAUCCUGCUGCCAUACUGGAUACAAAGGACACCACCAGGAACUAUUGCAAACCUACACUGCAAAUAUCAUGAGUGCCUUGACAGCAUAUUGGUAUGUUCAGUAGGUGAUGCCAACCCCCCGUGCCUAGCUUAUUACUGCUUUCAGAAUAUAUUAUUUAAAUUUCCUCAUUUUAAAUAUUAUUUAGGAAAUACAGAAAACGUUACAAAGAUAUGGCAGAGGUAAGCCACAGAUAUUUAUUAAAAAUGGGUGCUGGUCGUGCUUUAAAUUGUAGAAGUCUCUAAAUAAAAAUAAUUUUUUUAAGAACUGUAUAUUGUUUUGACUCCAUUAAUAUUGAACUUAAAUAAGUAGAUUGAACAAGUUCUUUUUCUGAACAACGGUCACUGAGGCUGCUGAUGGUGAGACAGGAUCUUUGCAACUCCUGGGGCUGUUUUUUCA